UACAUGUAUAUCACAUUCUUUGUAGAUUGUAAUUGAAGAGGCAAUAUAAAUUGAACAUUGAUAUUUGUAAUAUUACAAAUAAUUGCCUUCUUUGUUAUUGUUCACACAGAGAUGAACAUAUUUUAACAUUUGUGGGUAGGUAUUUUCAUUACAGGAUAUCAAUUGAACUUGCAUGUCGCUUUCGUGACCUAGGCAUUUGAUUUACUUGCAGGCUUCAAUGGAAAUAAUGCGUAUCGAUAAACUAAAUCGCUUGAAUUUCGUAGUUUUAUGGUAUUUUGGAUAACAAAAACUAUUGAGAAUUGUCACAAACUCAAACGAUUAAUCUAGACUGAAGUAUUAGCGAAUUUUAAAAGUAUUUACAAAUUUUAAACUAAUACACGAAAUAGCCAAUGUUCGGAUGCCUAGAUUUGAAAUGUCAGUCCCGUGAACCCUUUCAAUAAUACUUUGAAAAUGUCAAAGUGCCACACUCCUUAUUGGAUAAUGCCUAUCUAUCUUACUAAAUUAAACUAUUUUUUUCCCAAUAUAAAAUACCCUUGGCUCCUAUAUAAAUCAUCAUACCCCCCAAACCAUAAAUACGUUGCACAUGGCGUGUCUAGAAUUAUAGGACUGGCAGGGUUUCGAUUCCCCAGUUGUACGUGACAGUGAGUACAGACAUGUAGGGUCGUCCGUCCAACUUUGUGGGUUUUCUCCGGGUCCUCCAGUUUCCUCCCACUACUAAAGACCCCUACGCGCAAGUGAAUUAUUCAAAUAAAAUUGAAACAUGUGUUAGUCCCGAAAUGACAUAGUUUUUCGCUAGUGGACCUUAACCUCCACCCCUCUCUCUCUCUCUCUCUCUCAAUUGUAGGCCUACAAAGAUACUUUUUAUAGACAUUAGAUAUGAUCAUGACGGCUAUCAUCCUGGUAAUGCUACUCUUAGGCAUGCUGCCAUAUCUUAUUGGUGGGGAAGAGAGUAAACUGUCUAAAAAUCUGACUGUCAAUGUUGAACCUAGUAUACUUGAUUUUUGGAUUGCACGACUGAUUUUGAACAUCUUAGGUUACGCCACAUUUUUUGUGCCAGGAGCUUUGAUUGUUAGAUAUUUGAAAAAUAUUAAAUAUAAUGAAUCAGCAGGUCCAGGUUGUUUAUCAAAUGCUAUAGUAUUAUGUAUCUUUGGUAAAGAAUCAGAAAAAUCAAGCUCAGAAGAAGGAACUUCAAAUCCAGUUGACCAGGAACCAAGUUCAUUCAGUUAUGUUUUAAAUCUAUGUUUCUGUUUUGCUGGACUUCAAGGUUCUUACCUCACAUGGGGUGUCUUACAGGAGCGCAUUAUGAAACAUGAAUAUGGAAAGACUGCAACUGAACAAGGAGAAUUUUUCACAAAUUCACAAUUUUUGGUGUUUGUAAAUAGAAUUCUGGCACUUUGUAUUGCACUUACUGUGAUAUUUGUGCGACCACAACCACGUCACACAGCACCACUCUACAAAUACUCAUAUAGCUCAAUAUCUAACAUCAUGAGUAGUUGGUUUCAAUACGAGGCACUUAAAUAUGUCAGCUUCCCAACACAGGUACUGGCAAAAGCAUCAAAGGUUAUACCAGUGAUGUUGAUGGGUAAAGUCGUUUCCAAGAAAACAUUUGAAUAUUAUGAAUAUUUCACGGCAGCUAUGAUAUCUGUGGGUGUGAGUCUGUUUCUGUUGACUAGCGGCGACGACAAAAAGGUUCACAGUAAUGUAACAACGAUCUCUGGAGUUAUCCUUCUUGUUGGCUACAUGUUGUUUGACAGUUUCACCUCUAAUUGGCAGGGAGAACUCUUUUCAAAACACAAGAUGUCUUCCAUCCAGAUGAUGGCAGGUGUCAAUCUGUUUUCAUGUUUGUUGACAUCCAUAUCCCUCAUCGAACAGGGGGGAUUCUUCAGUGCAUCAGCAUUUAUGCUUCGACAUUCAGAUUUCGUUUUUCAUGCUGUUAUAUUAAGUAUUUGUUCCGCAACUGGACAAUUAUUCAUCUUUCACACCAUUGCUUCAUUUGGAGCUGUGACAUUCAUUAUUAUUAUGACAAUGAGACAAGGUUUUGCUAUUCUCUUAUCCUGUGUUAUUUAUGGACAUCCAGUUACUUUUGUAGGGGUGUGUGGUAUACUCAUUGUUUUUGCAGCCUUAUAUUUACGCAUUUACGCCAAUCAGAAAAAACGAGCACAGAAACAAAGACUGCAAGCAUCAGCAAGCACAUCUAAAGUUUAAACAAGAUCCUGAAUCUCACAUUAUUGUUAUUAAUGUAAUGUACAUAUUAAAAAUGUUAUUGUCUUGGCACCAAUGGGUCGAAAAAUUCCCCGUGAAUACCCCAUUGGUCAAAAGAGAUCUGUUAAUCAGGAGCCAAGGAUGUGGAGUUCUGUGGACCAAUGAAAUUCUAAGAUAAGUCAAGUCUCCCGUUGUAGGGGGUAUUUUACACCAACAGCUCAGCCUGGCCUUAGAUUUAGUGAAUGGUAGGAUAUAGUUGUAAAAAAUGUUACAGAUUCUUUUAAAUAGGUUUUUAGCAUAAUUCUUUUUUUUUGUAAUUAUGUCCAUCCAUACAGUUAAAUCUAAUGUGCUCUAGUGGUGGAUAAAAUGUCCAUAAUUGGGUGGUUUUAAUUUUAAAAUAUUUUUAGAAUUCCAUUUAUUUAUUUACAUAUAUGAGGGACUACUAUUUAAUACUAUAUUAAUAUGUCAUAUGCUAUGUUAUAAUUUUAAACCUUUUUUAAAAAUUCAUAUCUUCAACAAAGUCAGAUUUUUCUUAAUGCACAAAUUUGUUACGCAUUUAUUAUAUUAUUGCAUUUUCUAUGAAAACAGUAGAAAUUAUUAGCUUUAAAUUACUUGUUUUGGCAUACAGCUUUUGUUGUCCCAACAGGGUUUAUUGUAGGCUUAUAUUGAUAUAAGUGCCCAACUUCCAGAAAAAUAUCAUGAUUAUUUUGUUUACUUAAAUUGUUAGUUUCACUAAGAGUUCAACAGAUUGUAGGAAAUAGAUUGAGGGAUUAGAACUCUCAGGAAAAUGUCUUCAUCAGUCAAAUGCUUUAAAUAAUCAUAACCGGUGUCCUCAUUCUUAGAUCUAAAGCAACAUUACCUAAAUCAUUGUACUAUGUAAUUUUAGUCCAUUGUCCCAAAAUGGUUUACCCUUUGUUAGUCCCAAACUGAAUUAUUUUAAUUAAACAUACAUUAUGCAAGAGCUAAAUCUGCCUAUUACAGAUCAUUCUUUAGACCUGAAAUGUUAUAUAAACUAUUAUUUAGACAUUUAUUAACAAAACAAGACCAUAAUCCACUCUCGAUGGCAUCGGAUACUCAGAAUUUUAGGUAGAUUAAAAAGUUUCGCCAUUUAAAAAUUUAAUUUAAAAAUGGGAAAGUGAGGAUUAUACCAGUGCCCUGGAUACCGCUGUGCACACAUCUUGUCAAAACUACAAACAAUGAUAACUUGGCUGAGAAAAAAGUAAUUUGAAUGAAAUUUUCAAUAUUUUCUUUUUUAUCAUCUAUUUUUGAAUUAUUGUAGCAAGAAUGACCAACUCUUUAUUAAACUCUUAACUAAUGUAUCUUUAAGAAGGAUUUUGAUUAAAACAAUCUAAAUAUUCAUCCUAUGAAUUCAUACUUUCCUAUCAUCGAUAAUAUUUAUUAACCAUGACCAUCAAACUAUCUUUUAAUAAUUAUUAUUUAUUAAUAUGUUAUACAUUUUUAUACACAGUUUUUAGAAAUCCUUAGUUUAUUGUAUGUACUGUCCUUUUCAUGGUUGUUGCCGUUAAGAUUAUUCAAAAUCUGAAUUAUAACUUAAGAUUAUGUUCUUGUGAUGUAUGUUAGCAAAGAUCAAUAAUAUUAUUUGUCCAUCUAAAAUUGUCAAUUAAGCAAGUGGUUUGGGAAUAUAAUAUACAUGUACACACUAAUUUAUGUGAAUAAACGCCAAAUCUGUGACUGUACCUCAAACUGAGCAUGGACUAAUUAUUUUUGUUAUUUUAAAUGAGCAUUAUUUGAACAUACUGAAAAACACUAUAUGACCACUAAAUGGGGUUUAACGUCCACUAGACAAACUAGGUCAUUUUGGGACUAACAUGGUUUAAUUUUAUUUCAAUAAUUCGCUUGCGCAUAGGGGUCUUUAGCAGUGGGAGGAAACCGGAGGACCCAGAGAAAACCCACGAGGCUGGACAGGCGACCCUACUCCUUGUCACGUACAAUCGGGAUUCAACACCAUGCCAGUUGACUCAAUGACAGGCUUUAAGAAACAGCGCGCAAGUGCUAACUAUUCAGCCAUCCAACCCCCCUUCUAGUCAAAAGGAAACAAGUUUAGUAGGACAUUUGUAUUUCAAAUAUUGAAAAUGCAUUAUGCAAUAAUGCUUAAAUUGUAUAUAUUAUAUGCAACUUUCAGUAUUAUGUGAAAGUUAAAAGCACUCAUAACUGUGAUGGACUUAUUAUGUUUCAAAUUUAAAUAUUUUAAACACAAAAAAUAUAUGCUUUUAGAAUUUAAUAAAUGUUUUUGAAUAUUGUAGAAUUGCAUUUAUGGAAAUAUUUAGUAAUUAAGACAUCUGAAAAACACUUACAAUUACAGUUUUGUGUGUAUAAAUGUUCAAGUGAUAUGUACUUAUAUGAAAUUUAAUGAGUAUAUUUGUGAAAAGAAAGUAUAAGAUAUUGAUCUGACUGUAAUAUUGUUUAUAUUAAACUUCUAUAUAGGUUAAUAUACAACCAUAUAAAUCAUCAAUAUGCCAGAUGGCAAAAAAAUAUAUUUAUCAAAAAAAUAUAUAUAUAGACUACUAGCAUUGCACAGGAGAUAAUGGUCUAAUAUAGAUUUUAGUUAAGAAUUUGCCAGAAAAAUAAGAGUUUUCAUGAAGGUAAUUUGGCCAGUCUAAAAAAAAAUAUGACCUGUUCUAGAAUGUUUCUUUUAUACUCCCCAUAACUUUGAUGAUUGUCAAUUUCAUCAUAAAAUACUGAACCUUACACAAGAUAAAUAACACCUUUUUAUACGCUAACAUUUUCAUGUGGACAUAUAAUGUUGUUGCCCCUGUCCGUCCAGACAUCCAUAGUUUGUUUGUGGACACUCUACAGGUCACAAUUUUUAUCUGAUUUUGAUGAAACUUGAAAUAAAGUUUAUCUCCAAAAGAUCUCGGUUCCUCUAUGUAAUGGCAUGUAUAGGACCAUAACUUCAUGGAGUAUGGCCCCUGAUUGUGGACACUUUAGAGGUCACAAAUUUUAUCUGAUUUUGAUGAAACUUAAAAUGUAUUUUUAUAACCCAAUUUUUAUCUAAUUUAAAAAAAACCCUUUGAAUAUAUCCCUGUUACACCAUAAUCAUGGUGCAGCACAAAUUUUGUGAGAAUCUGACCGAAACUGCCAGACAAAAUGGCCAUGGUGUAGAACUGUGUAAUACCAAGGUUGUGGACCCUCUAGUGGUCACAUUUUUUCUCUGAUUUUGAUGUGUAUAUCCCAAAGAUCUGGGUUCCUUUUGAUACUUGCGCGUAUCAGACUGUAACUUCAUUGAUUAUGGCCCCUGAAUAUGCCAUCAAUAUAGAAUCUUUUCUCCAACAUUAGACAUGUGGAAUUUGUCAUGUUUCCAUUUCAUAAUUUCACGCGUCUCACGAGAUUUCUACUUCCGUUUCAGUUAUUGUACUAUAACAGGUUGCGAUCAGAAGAGCUUGCAUUGUCUAGUAUUUUAUGGAUAUGUGUAAGAGUGAAAUAGCUUUAUUUAGUGCCAGUUUCCACAAAAGUGAUAUUACAAACAUGUUAUCGAAUACAAUGUAUAUUGAUUUUGGGUGUAUUAUACUAUGUGGCAUAUGACUACUUUCUACGUGGUGUUGGCCAACAUCAAGUAGAUUAAAACAUCCGACAAUAGAGAAAUCACGAGUCAAUCACGUAGACUAAGUUUAUUAUCACUCUUAUUGGAUUGAUUUAUAGUCCAACAAAUAAGAAGCAAUUACUUUUCCAACAAAGGAUUAAGUCAAUCAAUCAAGGCAGAUUAAGUAGUUAAUCAAGGUAGGUGUAUAGACGGUAUAACACGAUAAAUACGUUAAUCACUUAAUUACCUAAUUAAUCCAGCCUGUUAUCAACGAUAAUCGGGUUGAGUGGUAGUUAUACACUCAGUACACUAUAUUAAUUUUGGAAUUUUGAAUAUUAUUCCCUCGGACAUUUUAGCACGUUUGGAAAAUAAAUAGCAUAGGACAUGUCCAGAAUAUACAGGCAAAAUACCCGAUUGUACCUAAAAAUUUUUUUUUUCUUUCUUAGCUUGUUCUCUGUCCAUCUUUUGCAAAAUGUGGGUGUAUCUUCCAUGGCAACCGCUUGAUGAAAUCUUUUAUAGACAAAUAUAAGUCAAUAUUUGACUUUUAUCCUAGGAUAUUGGGACUUUUUUGGAAAAAUGAAUGUGUGUAUAUUAUUACCCCAGUCCAUAGUUUAUUUUACGUUAUCCUUUGUUCUUGUUUGCGGUCUGAUAUGCGCAAGUAUCAAAAGGAAUCCAGAUCUUUGGGAUAUAAACAUCAAAAUCAGAGAAAAAAUGUGUGUACUUUGAUUUUAUAUAAUCAAAUAAGACGAGAAAAUGGACAGUAUUUACUUUGUACUGGUAUCUAAAUCAAUGUACAAUAUCUAGCCAUCAGUGGAUCUUCAUAAUUCAUCGGUUUACCAUAUACAGCUGUGGUUUUACAUGUUACAUCCCUAAAUUAUGUAAGGAAAAGCCCUUCCUUAUACAUAACUUAACUUACUUUUAGCUCAUCUGAUCUCGAAUGUCAGAGUUUGGUCACAGCUUCAACACGUUUAAAAUGGCUAAUUAUAACCAACUGUAGCAGCCAAGAUGCUUUUAAUUGUUUACAAAAAUUGAUAUCAUUAAGUGUGGUUUAAUGGUCCAGGGCGUGACAUUAAGUAAUAUAUUGAUAUUGCACAAGGACGAUAGUCGAAGGGCUAUGUCUGAAUAUUACACAAUGGCUUGCACAAGACCACUGAACCACAAUUACUGAUGUCAAUACAGACAUUAUCAGGCAUGUGCAUUUCAAUUAAAUCGUCACGCAAGUCAAAUAUUUCAUCUAGUAUAAAGAAUGUUGCCUGUACAUUAUUUGAAAUAAUGGUACACCAGCAUCAAAUGACGACGUCACAUCUGUAUUUUAAGUGUGGUUUAAUGUUCGCGAGCGAGACAUUAAGUAAUAUACUGAAAUAACACGAGUGAUGUUAGUCACAAGUUGUUGUUUCAAUAUAUUAUGCAGUGUCUUAAGCUUGAGGCCAUUAAACAACUUAAAAUACAGACACUUGCACAUGCUUUGCAAGGAAAUACGUCACGUCACACAGGUCCAAAAUUUUAACUGGUAUAAAUAAUGUACACUUGGCACAUUGCCCAUACCAUUAUUUGAAAUAAUGAUACACCAACAUCAAAGGAUGAUGUCACAUCUUUGAUAUUGGCCAGAUGUACAUUAUUUAUACUAGAUUAGUAAAGAUAAUCCCCCAGGAACAAACUAGAUCAACACUGUGUGAAU